UUGCCACCUUUCCAUCUCCCCUGUUUGGUUCCUGAGAAACAUUGAUUCAAACACAAACACAGCAAAAUCUCAGAAGAAAAAGGAGAGUUAGUUCUUCGGAAAGAAAAUAGGGAGUUCGGGAACAAAUCUGACAAAAAGUAAGUGUAGAAGAGAAGCCAUGCAUUUAAGGAUUGAUUGAGGAAAUGAAGAGGGGAAAAGCUCUGAAUUUGUAGAUCAUCAUCUAUUGAUAAUGAACUUUAAUUCCCAGUUUGUGAGUCUGCAGUUUCAUUAAGAGCACGGCGAGUUAUGGAUUGGCGGGGUGUGGAGAUAGAUGGUUUGGCGACCUCUAGUAGGACUGGGAGAGGGUUUGCAGAAAGGAGAAGGUCUUCAAAUUUGUCCUAUUCUGAUGAAGGGUGGCCUUCAAAUUGUGGGCUUGUGCCUAAUCGAGUUGAAUAUUUGAGGCAUGAUAGAGAUGAGCUCCUUCAGAAGAUUGACGAGUUGAGGGAUCAGCUUAGCAGAUCUUGUGAAGUAAUGCAAAAGCCGGGGGAAAGGAUACUUAAGGUUGAUAGGAAGGUUGCUUCCUCAGAACUGAUGCCACCACCUCCAUUCUUGCCCAGCCAUCGUUCUGGGCAGGAUUGUUAUUUCCGGGAAGGUCCAGCCAAUUUGUACACUCCAAACAUGCAAGCUAAACAAGCUUCACAGCCCCUUUAUUUGAAUCAUAAUCAUGGGCCUGCUCCUUGGGUCACUAGAUGCAGUUCAGAUGGGCAAGAUGUUUAUCGUCCAUGGAAUUUCCCGAGUGAAUUUGGGGGUUGCAAAGGCUCCCAUCUGCCACAAAGACUUGGCAGAUCUCUGCAUCAACCACUGCCUUGUUCGCACCAGGACGAAACCCUUUUGCACCAUCCUUACCCGGCAUGCUCUUGUUCGAAGUGCUACAACAGUCUCUCACAAAUCCCUCAACAAAACACGUGCUCUGGUUUUAGCAGUAGGUCAUCAAACAGCCCCAUAAAUCCUGCUUCUCUUCAUUGGCAUUUUAGUCCCGUAAGGGCUAAUCCUCCCCAUUUCCAUGCUUUCACUAGGAAGACCAAUACAAGGAGCUCACUUGACUUGGCUUUAGGAAUGGGUGGUCCUGGACCUCUUGGUUUCCAGCGUCCAAGAAGUACGGCAGUUGCUUGUAGAAGUAAACGGAUUUGCCAUCCCAUAACAGGUGGUGCCCCCUUUUUAACGUGCCUUAGUUGCUUUGAGUUGCUGAAACUGCCAAAACUUAAGGUAAUGCCAAGGAAUGGACAGAAGCUGCAAUGUGGGGCUUGUUCUGCUGUAGUCUCAAUUGAGUUUGAGAAAAAAGGUCUUCUUCUUUCACUUCUCAAACAGAGCAAGCAAGUUUGUGCUAAAAAUGAUGAUUGCUCCAGUGAGGCCUUGAACGAAAACCUGCAGACCUUACAGAAUUAUUCGAGUGAUGGUGCCAUGAACUCCCACUCUGACCACGAAGAUAAUUCAAUUGACCACAAAGAUACUGAAGUAAAUGACUUAUCAAUUGAGCAAAGACUAAGCUCUGAUGAAUCUGAUAUGAAACAGGAGCCAUCAUCUCCAUCUUCCAUUCUUUUGGAGAAGGAUAGUCCCAAUUGUACAAUCUUUCAUGGGGACAAGGACAUUUCAUCAGACUUUGCUAAUCUGCCUCCUGAAGAUGAUGUGCUUUCAGCAAUUCCAGAUUCCCCUUGUCAGGAAGAUCCCAAUUAUGCUUCUUCUCAUAAUACAUUAAGUGUUUAUGGUUUGGGAAACAACACUGAAUGUGAUGUUCAAGAGAAGGCGAUCGUUGACAGUCCUUUGAGACAUGCAGAAGAUGUUUCCAUUGCAACUGAGAUGGAAAUUACUUUCAAUGAAUUUCCACAUGGCAGCAUGUCUCAAGAUACUGAAGCUAAUGUCUUUUCAGUUGAUCAAGGCCUAAAAUUGGAUGAAUCUGGCAUCGAACAGGAGCCACCAUUUACAUCUUUCAUUCCUUUAGAGAAGCAGAGUUCCAAUCGUGUGAUUUUUCAGGGGAACAACAUGUCAGACUCUGCCAAUCUGCCUCCAGAAGAUGUACCUUUACCAUUUCCGGAUUCUCCUUGUCAGAAACCCAGCUAUGCUGCUUCUGAUGAUACAUUGAGUGUGUAUGGUUCAGGAAACAACACCAGGUCUGAUGUUCAAGCAAAGGCGAUUGCUGACAGAAGUACUUCGAUACAGUACUCUGCAGCAGAUGUUUCACUGGCAACUGAGAUGGAAAUUCCUUUGCAUGAAUUUCCACAUAGCACCAUGUCUCAAGAUAUUGAAGCUAAUGUCUUAUCAAUUGACCAAAGCCUAAAAUCUGAUCAAUCUAAUAUGAAGCAGGACCCACCAUUUCCAUCUUCCAUUCUUCUAGAGAAGCAUAGUCCUCCCAAUCAUGUUAUUGAUCUGCCUGCAGAAGAUGAUGCACAUUCAUCACUUCCAAACUCUUCUAGUCAGAAAGAUCCCAAUUAUGCUUCUUUUCAUAAUACAUUAAGUGUUUACGGUUCAGGAAACACCAAGUGUGAUGCUCAAGAGAAGAUGAUCGUUGAUAGAAGUAUUUCAAGACAGUAUUCUGCAAAAGACGUUUCAUUGGCAACUGAGAUGGAAAUUUCUUUCAACAAAUUUCCACAGAGCAGCAUCUCCCAAGACUCCGGGGAGGUGAACACAGAAGAAGAUAGGCCUAGAACCAUCAAGAGAAGUGAAUCCAUCUUUGGCAGUCUCAUCAAGAAGAGUUUCAGAGGCUUCUUGAGAUCCAGCCAAAAUUUACGGGCAGGAAGACCAAAAGUUUUUGUUAAUGGGCAACCUUUAUCAGAUCAUUCAGUGAAGAAUGCUGAAAAGAUGGCUGGACCUAUUCAGCCAGGAAACUAUUGGUACGAUUACCAAGCUGGAUUUUGGGGUGUGAUGGGGCAGCCUUGCCUUGGCAUAAUUCCUCCAUUUAUUGAAGAAUUCAAGUACCCAAUGCUUGAGAACUGUGCUGCUGGAAACACUGCUAUUUUUGUGAAUGGAAGAGAGCUAAAUCAGAAGGAUUUAUUCAUACUGUCUAUCCGGGGCCUGCCAACAAUAAGGGAUCAGCGGUAUCUUGUCCAGAUUUCUGGUAGAGUUUUUGAUGAGUUCACUGGGGAAGAACUUUAUAGCCUUGGCAAAAUUGCCCCGACGGUUGAUAGAAUAAAGCAGGGCUUUGGUAUGAAAAUUCCAGCAAGCAUGAUGGGUUGAAGGGCAGAGACCCUCUCCAACCGCAUUGACGACAGUUGCCUCAGCUUCAAUCUUUUAUAAUCAUUGAAAAGGAUGUAUUUGAGAAACUACGAAGGACACAUUUUGAUGGUCCAAAAAUAUUACCUCUUAUAUAGCAAGGGUAUGUUCAAGAAUAUCAAUUAACCUUUUGCAUUCUUCCUACAUAUUACAGUUCAUUCAUAGGAUGCAUAAGCAUUAAUUGGUUACUAGAGCUUAAGACAAGAUCAGAUGGCUCAAAUGUGUAUAAAAUACAUAAUUCACAUGUAGAGACAAACUUACAUUAUCCUAUAUUGUACUCCAUGUUGCAGUCUCUGUUCUUAUCAUGAAUUAAAGAAUAAUUCACAAAAGCAGUAAUUAUUGGCAGAA